CUGGUUUGGGUUUGCGCUAGUCAUUGCUCAAGAAGUUAUCAUGUCGGUGAAUUACUUUGUCGGAAUUGUGGAGCAAGCAUCACGAGACAAUCGGAGCUGUUAAAUAUUACCGCCUCAGAACGUCACUACAAGUACAAAUACGACUUUCCAGUCGUCGGAAAAAACACUACGAUACAUGUGUUUGAAAACCCCGCAGCUGAAACGUUCCACGUGCUUGCUGCGCAAACAGCUCAUCUUAAAUUUCGAGGUCAGCCGUCGUCUGAUGCGGUGUGGUUUCCCGGUAUGCAGUGGACGGUAUGCGUCUGCAGUAAAUGUGAUCAUCACAUGGGAUGGUACUUUCAACCAGAAAAACCAAAUAUACAACAUUCACAACAGAAAAGCUUUGUGGGAUUGGUACUAGACUAUUUGAUCUCUGCUGACUAUGUGGACACAGUCACAAAGGUUCCAGUAUGA